UUCUGAUAUCGCCGAGUCUUACAGUAGAAGACAUAACUUUGAUUAAGUAGAGGUUGGGACAUAAUUGUUUGUCAGAUUAUCUAAUCAUGUGUUUGACAAACUAGUGAAGAUAUUUUACCAGCGGAUGUCAAAAUCUUCACAACAUUUAUCAUAGGUUUGAGGGAAAAGUCAGUGCGACAACUGUGAUUUUGUGAUGGCAGAACCGCAGCAACAGUUGGUAGACAUCGACCCGGAUUUUGAACCACUCUCCCGGCCGCGCUCAUGCACCUGGCCGCUGCACCGACCUGAAUGCGCCGAGCCGGGGAGCUCAAACACAUCCUCCCCGGCACCCUCCGUCAAGCCGGAGCAAGGCAUCGUGGACUUUAUCAACAGUUUAAGUUUACUCGAGGAGACCGAGGACUACCCGGAGGAGAAGCCUGUGCUUCUGUGUAGCGACUUCCACUGCCAGGACAACUGCGUUCAUCCCCAGCCGUUGCAUCCACAGCAGCCGAAUCCACAGCUGACGCACCCGCAACAGGUGCCGCCGCUCCCCGCCCCUGCCAGCAACUCCAGCCCUGCAGCCGCCCAGAGGAAGAGCAGCUCGUCUCGUAGGAACGCAUGGGGGAAUAUGUCAUACGCUGAUCUCAUCACCAAGGCGAUUGAGAGCUCCCCUGAGAAGCGGCUCACCCUGUCUCAGAUCUACGAGUGGAUGGUGAAGAGCGUGGCUUACUUCAAGGAUAAGGGCGACAGCAACAGCUCAGCCGGCUGGAAGAACUCAAUCAGACACAAUCUGUCCUUGCACAGUCGUUUCAUGCGGGUGCAGAAUGAAGGAACCGGGAAGAGCUCGUGGUGGAUGCUGAACCCUGAAGGAGGAAAAAGUGGCAAGUCUCCACGCAGGAGAGCCACUUCCAUGGACAACAACAGCAAGUUCACAAAGAGCCGUGGACGAGCAGCAAAGAAAAAGAUGUCCUUACAAGCUGGACUGGAAGCUGGUUCCAACAGUCCUGGUUCUCAGUACCCAAAAUGGCUCGGCAGCCCCAAUUCUCAUAGCAAUGACGAUUUUGAACCCUGGACCACCUUUCGUACACGCGCCAGCUCCGAUGCCAGCACACUUAGUGGACGCCGUUCACCCUUUCUACCCGAAGAGGACCUGAAUGAGGCCGUUGAGGUCCACAUUGGGUACCCAAGUACCAUAGGCACCAAGAUGGGUGGCCCCCUCCCCAGCCUAUCCGAAGUGGCAGGUUCCUUGGUUCACCAUGGGUCUGAGAAUGUGAUGAUGGAUAAUCUGCUAGACAACCUCAACCUCAUCUCACCCAAAAAUAAUGGUCAGGGCAGCCAAGAGGGUAGUACUGGAUACCCAUCUUACAACUCCCCCAUUAUGGGCCCUCACCCUCAACCCCAUGUCCAACAAGACUACCGGAAGUGCAUGUAUGGUCAGGGAGGAGUUGGGGGACUGAGUCCCAUUGCCAUACCAACUUUAUCGGACAGUAAACCUGGAGGUUAUGGACCUUUCGUGGGUCCAUAUAAUUGCGCUGCUGGGUUGCUUAAAGAGCUGUUGACCGCAGAUGCCAAUCCAAGAGUCGAGCUGAUGCAGUCGUUGGGGUCUCAGACUGGGGAAGGGGCACGUGUGCUACCAACCUAUGUUAGUCAAGAUCAAUUGGGACAAGGGGGCAAAAUGAUGGGCCCUCAUGUGCACCAGCACCCACAUCCACACCUGCACAUGCGCCCAAGAUUGCUUCAUCUGUUGCCCUCUCCGGCUAUGGGUAUGAAUGGGUGUACCAUGUUGCCUCAUGGGCAUCCUGGUCACCUAGGCAACAUGAAGCCCCAAUUACUCCUGCCUCACAAUCAUCACGCACAGCUGGGAGGAGGUUGCAAUGAUGCAGGGUUGCCAAGUUACAGCAGCACCAAUGGCAAUGGCUACCACAGGCAUGGACAGGUACCUCACCACCAUGGACAUCCAGAGCGGUUGCCCAGUGACUUGGAUGAUAUGUCCAUUGAGCAGCUAGAAUGUGACGUUGAGACUGUCCUUCAUGAUACUCUCAUGGAUGGUGAUGCGCUAGACUUCAAUUUUGACCCCAUGAGCAGUCAGCAAGUUUUCUCUCACGGGGUAAAGACCAACACGCAUAAUUGGGUAUCUGGAUAAACAUGGUGAUAUCUGCUCAAACUCAUACACAUAAGUAGACUGUUUCUGAUGUAAUAUUGUGAUUGAUUAUGAAGUUAUGUCAUCAAAACAGUGGGACACACCAUUGUAUAGCACAUAUAAAGUAUGUAAAUAUCUCAUAGACAGCUGGUCAAUAGACAGUUGAUCAUUGAAAACUGAAGGUUUUAUCAAAAGGCAGCAUAUACAUCCUUUAAACCCUUAAUUUCUCUCUGCUAACCCUGCUGAAAUUAUAACUUAAACAAAUUGGUUUGCUGGUCUUCCAACCUGUUGGCUGGUUUUAAAGGGGUUUGUGGCACUUUUAAGCUAGUCAGACUGGUAGACUAGCUGAAACAAGCAGCUGAACACCAACUUGAUCAGGCUGGUAGGCCAGCUAGACCAGCUUAAGUCUGCUAAAUCCAGCAAACAAGCUUCAAUGCUGGUUUAAGCAGUUUUUUUUCCAGCAGGACUUUCCUUACCCUCAUCUGUCAGGAUUCAAUAACUUGGCAAAGCUUUCAGUCGUAAAAUCUUUUAACCACUUUUUCCCAAUGUAUGUUCUUGUCCUGAACAGAAUGCAGUAUAACUGGUCUGGAAUCAUCCAUAGUGCCUGUUAUCAAGCAGGUUUGUGUGUCAUGUUCAAACCAUAGUAGCAUUCAGCUCUUAUGGGCAGCUAGACAGUUUGUGUCUACCCCAGAAAAAACUUCUUUCUUUUUCUGAAGUGUGUGCAUACACCUCAUCAGCUGUUUACCUCAACACAGAUAGAACCCCUGCAGCCAAUCAGCAGAGGCCAGUGAAUGUUCACGAUGUACUGAUUUACAGUACAUUGUUCCAGUAGACUCCAUGAUUGUCAGAAUUAAUUUGAAUCUGGAUAUGCUUUUGGUUAGUCCAAAUGUAAAUACCAUAGCUAGUCAGCGAUCAUGGCUGUUUUGUACAUAUUUGUCUCUCAUAUUGGAACUGUAGGUCACUAAACUUCAGGGCAGAACUGUGCGUCACAUUAAAUAAACUGGAAUGGUGUUUUUAAUGUAUAGUGCAUUUUACAUUAUAGUUAAUUUUUGCAUUUCAGGUUGUUGAAUUGAAUGCCUUUUGUACAGAGAUGUAUAUCUUUGUUGUACCAAUGAGAUGAUAAAUCAAAUGUUUAUACUAAAGUGUAUUUGUAAAUUACAUCGUCUUACUGGUCAUUUUAAGUUCUCGUUUCCAUGAACCGCUACCAGCAUUUUAAAGUCUAAAAAUCUGGUUAUUGUGGCCUUUUUGCUUUUUUAUAUAAUAGGAUAUUUUCUCAAACUGCUGGAAAAAAUUCCAUCAGAGAUAUUCCCUGUAAUUUAUGUGUUGAAUAAUCUGUAAUUUGUGCCUUCCCCUCUUACAAACUUGCAUUCGGAUCAAUGACAUGAUUAUGCACAUGUUUUUAGUCUGGCUCUUAUUCAUUUAUAUAAACAAAAAAACAUAAAUGCAAUUCACACAUAUUGACUUUCAAUUUUCAAAAUAUAAGUCAAAUUGGAAUAAUCGUCCUGAAAUCAUAAUAGAGAAUAAAAUCUUGUUUUUAUUUUAUUUUAUUUUUAAUUUUUUUAAUACGUUAGUUCAGGUAGUAAAAUGUCAGCAAAGAUAUUUGUUUAAAAAAUAUUUUUGCCUUGAAAAAUAUGUUUCAAAAUAUUUUAAAUUAUAUACAUUAAAGGUGUAAACAAAACAUGAUUA